AUGUCUAAUUCAUCCUCUCCAAACAAUCCCUCGCGGAUGCCCGUCUACUUCCUCGGCAUCGGCGGGCCCAACUUCAUGGAAGCCACGGAUCACCCCGCCUAUGCGAAACUGGGUGAAGUCGGGCGCGAGAUCACGACAAAAGUCAAACCCAAGGCCGUGGUCGUCUUUUCCGCCCACUGGCAAGAAGGCCCGAGCAAGAUCGGGAUCAAUGUCGCCGAGAAGACGGAUCUCAUCUAUGAUUUCUACGGCUUCCCGCCGCACUACUACGAAUACGACUAUCCGAACAAGGGAAGCCCCGCUGUUGCCGAAAGGGUCAUCGAGAAGCUUGCGGCUGUCGGCAUUGAGUUUGAGAAAGUCAAGCGAGGCCUUGACCACGGCGUCUGGGCGGGUUUCAUGGUUGCUUUUGACCCCAAAAAGAACCCAUUGAAUGUACCAAUCGUACAAGUUUCGCUGUUCAACAACGAAGACCACGAUCAACAUUAUCGUAUGGGGCAGGCACUGGAGAGCCUGCGAGAUGAAGGCGUUCUCAUCAUCGGCGCGGAAAUGGCUGUUCACAAUCUUCGUGAUUUUCGGGCCACAAGGGCAACCGGCCAGACACAGCCUUACGUCUUCACCUUUGACGAGGCACUGAAAGAGGCUGCCACCGCAAAGCCAGACGAGCGUCGAGCUAAGAUGACGGCAUUGAUGAGGCGCACUGACGCCAGAAAGGCGCACCCGACCUUGGAGCAUAUUCUUCCGAUCCAUAUCUGUGCGGGUGCUGCAGGCUCGGACCUUGGCGAACGAAUUUGGACUUUUCCUGAGUUGAGUUUGAGUUGGGCACAGUAUCGGUUUGGGGAUGUUGCAUCGGGGUAG